CCAAGAGACAGUCGGCGGCACAAAAUGGCGGCGGCGACGGCGACGGCCGGGGCCGGGGCUCAGGGGCCGGCGCCCCCCGCGGCAGCGGCCGGCACGCCGGGCUCCGGGGGCACAGCCCCCGGGUCGCAGGGGGUGCUGAUCGGGGACCGGCUGUACUCCGGGGUGCUCAUCACUCUGGAGAACUGCCUCCUGCCGGACGACAAGCUCCGCUUCACGCCGUCCAUGUCGAGUGGCCUCGACACUGACACGGAGACCGACCUCCGCGUGGUGGGCUGCGAGCUCAUUCAGGCGGCCGGCAUCCUGCUCCGCCUGCCGCAGGUGGCCAUGGCUACCGGGCAGGUGUUGUUCCAGCGGUUCUUCUACACCAAGUCCUUUGUGAAGCAUUCCAUGGAGCACGUGUCAAUGGCCUGUGUUCACCUGGCCUCCAAGAUAGAAGAGGCUCCAAGACGGAUACGGGACGUCAUCAACGUGUUUCAUCGCCUUCGACACCUGAGGGAGAAAAAAAAACCUGUGCCUCUACUGUUGGAUCAAGAUUAUGUUAACUUAAAGAAUCAAAUUAUAAAGGCGGAAAGGCGAGUUCUCAAAGAGUUGGGUUUCUGCGUCCAUGUGAAGCACCCUCACAAGAUAAUCGUUAUGUACCUUCAGGUGUUAGAGUGUGAGCGUAACCGACACCUGGUCCAGACCUCAUGGAACUACAUGAAUGACAGCCUUCGCACAGACGUUUUUGUGAGGUUCCAGCCUGAGAGCAUCGCCUGUGCCUGCAUCUAUCUUGCUGCCCGGACGCUGGAGAUCCCUUUGCCCAAUCGUCCCCAUUGGUUUCUUUUGUUUGGAGCAACUGAAGAAGAAAUUCAAGAAAUCUGCUUAAAAAUUCUGCAGCUAUAUACUCGGAAAAAGGUUGACCUGACCCACCUGGAAGGUGAAGUGGAGAAGCGCAGGUACGCCCUCGACGAGGCAAAGGCACAAGCCAAGGGCCUGUUGCCCGGCGGCACCCAGGUGCUGGACAGCGCGUCGCGGUUCUCACCUGCCCCCAAGCCGGCGGAGUCCCCCAAGGAAGGCCAAGGAGACAAGCCUUCCCCACUCUCUGUGAAGAACGCCAGGAGGAAAGUGGAGGGCGUGAAGAGAGCCAAGGCCGACAGCCCGGUGAACGGCUUGCCGAGGGGGCGAGGGGCUCGAAGUCGGAGUGGGAGUCACGAGCAGAGUUACUCCAGGUCCCCGUCGCCAUCCGCUUCUCCUAAGAGAAGUGGUCUCCUUCACAGGAAAAGCGACAGCGGCUCUACGUCUGGCGGGUCCAAGUCACAGAGCCGCUCGCGGAGCCGGAGUGACUCCCCACCCAGACAGGCCCAUCGGGGCGCUCCCUACAAAGGCUCCAAGGUAAGGAGCUACCGGAGGUCCAAGGACUGCAAGUACUCCGCCCAGAAGCCACACAAGUCUCGGAGCCGGAGCUCCUCCCGCUCUCGGAGCCGCUCACGGGAACGGGCAGACAAUUCUGGAAAAUACAAGAAGAAAAGUCAUUACUGUAGAGACCAGCGACGGGAGCGUUCUCGGUCGUACGAGCGAGCGGGCCAUCGCUACGAGCGGGACCACCCCGGGCACAGCAGGCACCGGAGGUGAGGGCGGGGUCCCUGAAGGUCUGCCCUUUGGCCCUCGGCAUGCUCACCUCGGCCACUGGCCCUGGGGCCUGACUCUUUCUGGAAAUGGUUGUUGACUCGGGACCGUGUGAUGAAUUUGGAGAUGGAAUGGAGAGGCCAGCAAGCCGCCCUUUAGUGUGGCCCGGGCCUAGCUCACCCCAGCCCGCCUCAGCAGCAGCCCUGCUGGUUGCAAAGGCCCGGGUGCGCACAUCCCGGUGGCGUGGCUUGGUGCUACGACAGGCUGUCUCUUCACUUCCGUUCCGAUACUCAAUUACGUUAAACCAAGAAAAUGACUUUUCGAACCUUUGCCUAUAUUAGGUUGUACUUAUGUCCGUAUUUUGCAAUGUUUCACUAUGAGAAAAUGGCCUUAACAGCCCCUCACUCUGUCCACGUUGUAAAUAAACAUAUGUUUAAUACAAGUUAAAGCUAUAUAUGAAAACUCAGAACUUGAAUUCUGUCAGCUUAAAACUUGUGUAGAGAAUUCUGAUUUUUAAAAUGUGAAGGUAUUUAGAUCUGUGUUGAAAGUCGUAUAUUUUUAUCUGUGCAAUGCUGAGUGCAGGCCACCAGCUCCUAAAUAGAGAAGUUUCCUAUAUAUGCAUUUUAUGUGGUUAAAUAAACAAUUCUCUCUACUCA